UCAGUUGCUACUUCACUUCCUAGGCCUCCACCCCUCUCUCUCUCUCUCUCUCGCAGUUCUUUUUUUUUUCUUACCAAAGCAUUUAAAAGAGCACUGUUGAGAAACCAGACUCCUAGUCAUUUGCUGACAACAUCUCACCUAGGACUCAGCGAAGGUUGCUGUUUUAGGAAAGUUUUCUUCCUCAUUGCGAUUUGGUCUGGUCUACAAAUGGGGCGACACUCUUGUUGUUACAAACAGAAGCUAAGGAAAGGUCUUUGGUCUCCGGAAGAAGACGAGAAGCUCUUAAGGCAUAUCACCAAAUACGGCCAUGGCUGCUGGAGCUCUGUCCCUAAACAAGCUGGCCUGCAGAGGUGUGGAAAGAGCUGCAGAUUAAGGUGGAUUAAUUAUUUGAGGCCUGAUUUAAAGAGAGGUGCAUUCUCUCAGGAAGAAGAAAAUCUCAUAAUUGAACUUCAUGCAGUUUUGGGUAACAGGUGGUCCCAAAUUGCUGCACAACUGCCAGGAAGAACCGACAAUGAAAUUAAGAAUCUAUGGAACUCUUGCUUGAAGAAGAAGCUUAGGCAGAGGGGCAUUGAUCCUACCACUCACAAACCACUCUCCGAGGUUGAAAAUGGGGAGGACAAUAAGAGUAAACAGCACACCAACAGUAAGGACAUGGCGGCUUCAGACAAUCCGAAGGCCGGAACGUCGGUUACGUUACACGGCUACCGACAGGAAACGGAAGGCUCUCCCAGCUCCAAGACAAUGAACAUCAGCAACAACAAUGGAAACAACCACACCAACGACCAGCAGCCAUCUGAUUUGGAGGGGCAUCUACCGGUUCAACAAUUGAACUAUGUGUCCAAUCCCAGGCUCUCGAACCAAAUUCUCUGGUUUAAUCAAACUAGGCCAGCCUUCCAUAUCGAUUCCGAAUUUCCAUCGGCCACGAUGACCACUUUUCUCCCGUUCCUCUCUGCUCCGAUGGGGUUCGAGCCUUCUGUUGUCACUGUAAAUGGUUCUCACUAUUGGGAAACCGGUACGGCCUCGGCCAACAACAGCAGCAGCAACAGCACCGAGCUACAAAGCAACAGUUCGUUCUACGACAACAAUAGCUCGUCUUGGGGAUUACCAGAUUGCAGCACACCAGAGAAAGAAGCUCCUCCAAACCCAAUUCAUCUAAUGGAAAGUCAAGCUGAUGAAAUCAAAUGGGCCGAGUAUCUUAAUAACCCAUUGUUAAUGGCGGCUGCUUUGCAGAACCAAACUCCACAAUCCAUGUACAACAUCGACAUCAAAUCCGAAACAGAUUUCCUCACUAAUAAUUCAUCAAACACCAUGUGGCCUCAUAAUCAACAGCAAGAAGAACCUAUAACAAAUCCCAGUAUGUGUGCUAAGGAUAUCCAGAGACUUACAACAGCUUAUGAUCCAUGAAAGUGGGGGAAGUACUUGAAUUGAAUUAAUGCAACUCUCUCACAUAUCAGGUGUGCAUCACAGAAUUUUCUUUUCUUUUUCUGGUCUUUUAUUGUCGUGUAUAUAGGUCUGAUACAAAGAUUAAUUAUCAGCUCUGAGUAUAUGUGAGCAAAUCACUCUUGUUUUUAGCUUCUUUUGUUGCGUUUGUGGGGUAGAAUUCUGCAGAAUAAGGUGUCUUUUAGUCUGCUUUGCCUCUUUGCAAAUGGCCAUAUGUGAGGUUUGGAAUGUUGGAAUUCUAUAUGUAAACAACUGUUGAUAAAAAGGCGGAAGAAGAAGGAU